AUGCCCCCGAAAUCUAAAGCUGAGAUACAGAAGCAACGGGCAAAGGUGGGGUCCCUUUUAUCCCUGGUUGAGGUAGAGGGAGGGUGUGUGUUUGCAGGAAGCUGAUUUUGUGGGGCACUUGUAGCUUGUGAAUUCUUACAAUGAGCUCUUGAGGUAUGGUGCCCCCUUGGGUGGGCGAAACUAGGAGUGAGGGCUAACGAUGGAACGGUUGUGGCGGUGGGCAGCGAGUUUUCCUCAAAGGAUUUGAGGUCGGUGGGGAAUUAUAAUGUGGGGAGAUUGAUAGGGAAGGGGAGUUUUGGGAGGGUUUACCUUGCUACGCAUAAACUGACCAAUGGCUCUAAGGUAAUCUUUCUUUCUUCACCCUUGACCUAAUGAGGCUCCUAGGGAGGAAGAGUACGGCGAAUUGAUCUCAAGAUGGUGUCGCCCUCUGUGUGUAGGUCGUGUUGAAGUCUGCGCAAAAGGACGACGCGAAUUUGGCCCGGGAGAUUCAUCACCACCGACAGCUGGUGCACCCGCACAUCGCGAGGCUCUACGAGGUUAUUGUUACGGAGAGCUUGGUUUGGCUGGUGUUGGAGUACUGUUCCGGUGAGCUUCCGUGCUCAUUCCAGGCUGUGGGCGGGAGUUUGGAGGCUACGGGAUUGCUGAUGUUGGGGUAGGGGAUGAACUUUACAACUACCUCAUCAAGAACGGGAGGUUGACGAUGGAUAAAACAAAGAAGAUAUUUGCUCAGCUGGUCGGUGCGGUUUCUUACGUGCAUAUGAACAAUUGUGUGCAUAGGGAUUUGAAACUGGAGAAUAUUCUGCUGGAUAAACAUGAGAAUGUACGAAUACCUGCUACGGCUACGGGAAUUGGUGGCGGUGGUGGUGCCGGGAUCGUGAGGGUGUGUGCAGGGGGACUCGGUUGCUGAUGCACUGCUCUGGAUAGGUCAAACUGUGCGAUUUUGGCUUUACAAGAGAGUACGAACGUCAGAAAUUGCUCCAAACCUUCUGUGGAACUGUCUGCUACUCGGCCCCGGAGAUGCUCAAGGGCGAGAAAUACAUGGCGCAUGGUACGAGAUGGAUCUGCUUUUCUCCCCUUAUAUUUAAACUAUUCCAUUGCUGUUUUCCCUUGGCGAUGCGACAUGAUAUUGAUACUUGUUUGAAUUCGGCAGCCGUUGAUGUUUGGUCGCUGGGUGUUAUUCUGUACGCAUUGCUCUGUGGGGAAUUGCCGUUUGAUGAGGACAUCGAGGACGACACCAAGCUUAAAAUUCUCAAGGACGAGCCUAAAUAUCCCGAAGACUUGCCCGAAGGUAUGUUUAGCUGAAGAGGGGAACCGAGCCACAACCCCCUCAUCUCGUAUGUUGCUUUUUCCGUGGCUGACAAUCACUGCCCCUUCGCAGACGCCGUCUCGUUAUUAAAAGCAUGUCUCAUGAAGAAGCCGGGUUUACGGCCGACCCUCGACGAGGUUCUGUCACACACUUUUCUUUCCGAGUAUGCUCCAGCACAAAAGGCCAUUCUCGUCGUGCAGCCAUCACCGGCGUUUUCGACCCGGUUGGAGAAGGAUACGUUACAUAGGAUGAAGGCUGCUGGGGUUGACAUAGACCAAGUGAUAGAGAAUGUGCUUGCCAAGAAGUGCGAUGCUCUUGCUGGGUGGUGGGCAUUGUUGAUAGAGAAGGAGGAGAGGAAGGAAAGGAGGCGACAGAAGCGGAAGAUUGAGAGCAGGAGAAUGAGUGCGGCUUCUAAUCUGGAUCCGACGUUGUUACCUCUAAAUGAGGAGUCGGAGGACCAGAUGAGGCGGCAAAACCGUGAGUAUAUCGCUUUUGCGUCUUCGAUGCACGAGAUGCUUACUGCUGCGCCAGCCGUGAUUAUCUUGCCUGAGCGAAAUCUUGGAAGGAUUCCCAGAGGACAGACACCCCCGUCCCCUACCCCACCUCCGCCGGUCGAGAAGGAUAGGGACUAUGGACCGUACUUGAAGCCGCCGCAGCAGGAUAGGCAGGUUAUGUCGUCCCCGGAUCUUCACUCGGAGGCGAAUGGUGGGAAAGGGAGGCAGAAUAGGAAACAUGCUCUAUUGUCACAGCUUGCGUCUUUAAAACAUUGGUUUCUGGAUUCGGCCAAAAGGGCGACCUCUCCGAGUUCCAAAAACAGCUCGAAUCAUAAUUCAUCGAACCACAAUGCCAGCCACGGCUAUCAGCAUUUUCAAAAUGGACUUGGUUCACGUUCGGGAAACGGCGCGCGAAGGAAUUCGAGAGGAAACGCAGUGUAUAAUUCUAGCUACCGCGGAACCCCACCACCGAAACGAAAUUCCCUCUCCCCGGGUCCGUUAACACCGCGCACAUCUUCGUAUCGUCGGCCGUCAGGUCGAGGUCUUGGUGGACGAAACUCAACUUCUUCAUCGGUAUCUUCCAUCCGUUCCUUCCAUAAUAAGACACAUUCGAAGGCCUCCUCCACAUCAUCUGCGUCUGUAUCAAGUAUAACGUUAAAGUCUCCUCGCUCGCCGCGCAACUCGAUUAAAGUCCUGCCCGCAACUCCUACUUCUUCAACCUUCCCGUCACACGUCCGCGUGGUGCGCUCCUCGCCCAAUGGCCAGGGAUAUAACGAGGCAGCGGUAUUGACAUCGGGUGUAGCCUUUGCCAAGCGGAAGAAGAGCCCGUUCAAGGGGCCCAUGCUGAAUCAAGCGGCCCUGCACGCAAAACGUGAACAUGCAGGCGCGAGGAUCGCUCAGAAGCGGAGCAGGGGGAAUAUCAUAGAGGAGGAGGACGAGGAUAUCGAGGAAGUGCUUGAGUUUAUAGGGCCGGGGGAGAGUGAGGAUGAGGAUACGCUUAGGGGCAGACAUAAUUAG